GGACCUAUAGAUGAUAUUAAUUUGCUGUGACUGGUUUCUCACUGCAGGAUGCCUACAACAUGGCAGAGCUGCAGGUGUCUCUCCAGGCCAGCCCAGCCUAUUCCCUCUGCAGGAGGAAAGAAACCCUGAUCCAGCACAAGGGUGUCCUCGGCGCUGCGUCUCCCUGCAUGCAGGGCCAGCCCCGAGCAGCAGCCACUGCAGGAGCUGCUUUUUCCAGCGCAGACUUUGGUCAGUACCUGUCAGGAGUGCUCAGAGAAGCUGACUGGCAUGGCCAGGCCCUGCCCCAGGACUCGCUCCGGGUGUUCUGCACGGAGGGAGCCGGAUCGGGAGCCGGCAGCCUGAGCUCCCUGAGCUCCGCUGGGCUGGAGGAAGGAACAGUCUACGAUGACAUCAAAGAGUGGGGACCAAAGUUUGAGAAGCUGAGUGAACUGUACUCACAGAGAGAUACAGGAGACCAGUAGAUCACCAAGUCUCCUAUUUUCAGUUUUGGAAGCAAGGGUGAUGUUUUUCAUGCUCCUGCUCUGUACUACCCCUACGCUCCCUUUUUGACUUAUUACAACAGAGAUUCAGGUUCUCUGAAGAGCCACACUUGGCAGUGAAUUGAAAAGUGUGAAGGAGCUAAUCUUGGGACAUUCUGAACAUUUACGUUUUUGGAUAUAAACUUACUGGGAAGAAUAAAGGAGAAGUUGGGGUACUUAAUCAUUCACAUGCAGUGGCUAAGAAGUACAGAAUUUUUUCUGUUGCUGAAGUACUGCAGGACUCAGAGAUCCCAGCACACAGCCUGAGGUGUGCUCAGAGCCCGAGGGAAGUGUGCUGGGAGUGCUGCUUCAGUCGGUGCUUUAGCAGUUAUUUGAAGAUGAAAAGCACAUUGCCUUUUUGUUGUGCAAAUCAAGUCCCUGUUGUAUUAUAUCCCUCUUGUUCCCCGGAGUGAGCCCAGUGAGAGCUCCUGCUCACUGAACAUCCUGCAGGUGAGAGUCCACGGAUCCAGGUAAAGGAAUGAACAGAUGGGUGGUGGUUUGAACUUCAGUUAUAACAUAAUGAAAUUUCUUUUUCCUGUCAUACAAGUACAGAAGCUGGAUUUAGGCACAACACAUCCAGCCAGCUGCCUACAACUAAAUGCUUUUCCUAAGGAAAAGGCCAGGUAGGAAUUUCAGUAGCAAACCCUGCAGUUCACCAUGAUCUCUCAU